UGAAGCCAUACGGUGUGUACAUCAACAAACACACAGACGGGAAGGUGAUUUGUAGGUAUCAGGGGUGUAAUCUAAGAUAACCGGUUAUUUCUAGAAAGUUUCUCUUCAUUCGGAAGCGUCCACACGCGACAGUGAGUGAAACCAAUUUGUCUCGGAGUCAACUUCGUCACUGUUUACGAAAACUUUGUGUAACACACGGCACACCAGUGACUCACGACUUGUGAAUGGAACGCAUGUAGUGAUGGAGAUGCGCCAUUAUGCUUGAGUAAGUGUUAGACUACGCAUCUCAAAAUUUUGGCAGGGCCAAAUAUUCCAGUGGAGUGAUGCCUGCAGUGGUUGCAUCUGAGUGCCUAACUUUAGGAAGCCUUGCUGAUCGACGCGCUGCGUUGAAAUUGAGUUUGGCACCCUUGCGACCAUUUCUGAACGACCAAAGUAGCGUUAUCGCAAGAAAAAGGCCUAGAGUUGUGGAGGAGACAAGGAUGGCCCUGGCGGUAGGGACACUAACUUUGUUCGAUACCAAAAGUUCAAGAAUGAAUCUCUCUAAUGUAAGGACUAUUUCCCCAAAUGAACUAGCAUCCAAAAUGAAAAGGACGAGACCGAUGUUGUUAGACUGUCGGUCUUUUUUGGCCUUCAACAUGGGCCAUAUACAAGGCGCUUUGAACGUAAACUGUGCGGAUAGGUUUCACAAGAAACAAUUACAAAAAGGACGGAUUGGAUUAGUCGAUCUUAUCUCAUCAAGCGAAGGGAAGGAAAUGUUUAGAAGGUAUCCUUCUAAGGAAGUGUAUAUUUACGAUGAAAAUACAACUGACAUUUCUAAAGUAAACCCCUCCAGCCCCCUCCAUUUAGUGCUGCUAUCCUUGAUGAAGGAAGGAAAAAGAGUGACAAUUUUAAAAGGUGGUUUAACAGAAUUUAAAAGCUCAUAUGGUGAUUUGUGUGACAAGUCGCUGAAAUCUCAGGGAACCAAAGACUCAUCAGCACCUCUUCACAGCCCUACCACAUCAUUCAUUCACGACCAAGAAGUUGAUAUAGAAAAUACCACAGCCACAGCAAUUCUGCCUUUUCUGUAUUUAGGUAACGAAAGAGAUGCUGCUGAUCUUCAAAGAUUAAAAGAUCUUAACAUCACAUAUGUUCUCAAUGUAACAUCCCACAUUCCAUAUCAACAUGAGCAUCAGGGAAUCAAGUAUAAAAGAUUGCCAGCAUCUGAUAGUUGCCAGCAAAACCUCACACAGUACUUCCAGGAAGCUUUUGAUUUUAUAGAGGAAGCCAGAAACAGUGGUGCAAACGUCCUCGUACACUGCCAUGCAGGAGUGUCCAGAUCUGCGACCAUUACGAUAGCAUACCUGCUGAAGCACACUCGCAUGGUCAUGGUGGAUGCAUAUAAAUAUGUGAAAAACAAACGGUCCAUAAUUUCACCUAAUUUUAACUUUAUGGGACAGCUACUGGAAUUUGAGCAGGCUUUAAACUCAGGAAAAGCACAGCGAGUUCUAGAACCUCGCCUUGUCAUUGAGACCAGUGUGUGACCAGAGUCAAAUAUGAAAUCAAAAACUCCACAGACUCAGAUGCCAAUAUAUUGUUGUCUCAUCACUGAAAUAUGUAUGACUGAAGCAAAUGGUUAGGCAAGAAAUGUGUGGCCAUGAUUCUGUAUGGAACUAAAGAAUCUUGGUCAUGAUUUAUUCUAUAUGGAUAUAUGAAGGAUGAUGUGAGACUGAAAAUGAAGUGCAAUAUUGUAUGUAAUUAUUUUCUGUUUUCAAGAGGGGUGGAAUGACUUUAACCUUUAAUAAGUUAUUUUUUUCAACAUGUUUAAAACAUAAAGUUUCCUGUUAUGUUUUAAAUUGAGAAAAUUUGAAUGCAGGUAACUCUGACAUACUGUGAAUAGGUGUACAAGGACCAGAUGAAAACAUGGUACUGGGUCCAAUUUAUACAUAAAACAUAUGCAAGAACAUAAUAUGAUGCCCCAAGUGUCCAACUUUGUUUUUCCAACCAGCAGUGCCAACAUCCUAAAAAACAUCCACCGUUAGGUACCCUGAAUUUCAGACUGUUCAGUCGGUCCUUGUUUCCUAUGAGCCCUUGUUAACUUUUGAUCAAGGAAAUCUUGGCUCCUAUUGACAAGAUAAUCCACAGCAGACUGUGAAACUCAGGGUACUUGCAGGUUAUUGGAUGGAUCAUGCACUUUGCCAUAUGCAACAUUCAAAAGUGCCUUUUCAUUAAUGCAGGUUGUUUCAGUUGUAGGUAAAUCAUAUCCGUGUGCCAACAGCUGUCAGUCAGAAACCACAGUAGUUGAUGAGGGUACAUUAUCAAAAUGACAGGAAGCUUGUGCAUUGAAACAUUUUAGGUGAUCAUACUAUAACUGCAAUAUUGUUCUGUAGAUUGGGUGAUCAUGCAGUGACUAAUAGACUAGUAUUUUACUUUUCCUCUGGGUUUUUAGCGAUUAACAGUGCCAUCUGUUAUGUGUACUAUUGUUGGUAUACAUGUCUGUGAUUUUUUUUUCAUUUAAAAAGACAAUAAUUUACCAAUAGGUUUUUUGUAAUUGUUGUUGUUUAACUGUUGUAAAACAAUCUUUUCACUCUCUUUCUUAUUGUACUAUGAAAAAAAAUGUAUUUCAGACAGAUAUUGUCUUUUUUUAUUGCCAUGAGUUCAUUUGUAGGGUUAAGAAACCACCAAAAUACUAUGAAUACAAUAAAUGCAUUACUUUACUCACAACAUACCAUUUCGCACAUAGGCAUCAAUUAUACACCAUGGCCAAGUUCAGUUUGCAGAUAGAUAUAUUUGCAAGACUUUGUAUUUUAUAAAGAAGCUGAGGUUCAAUAUCCAGUUUUAUGACAUUUAGCAAUUAAAAUUAAAUAGUUCUACAAAAAUUACGAUGCCUUAGUGCCUUGGACACAAACCAAUAUAGCAGUUAUACUGUGGAGUAUGUUGAACAAUUUGUUGAGUGUAAAUGUGCCUAUAUGCCGUAAUGGUAACACCUUAUGUUAGGAAAUGAGCUCUAGGCAUGUGUUUAGCAUAAACCACCUCAGAUUCUUGCAGUCACAUUCCAUAUUUCAAGGUAGACAAUUUAGGAGUUUUCACGUAGAGACCUGCAACUGUUUUCUUCUUGUCAUUGUAUAUUGCAUCUGUCAUUGUAAGAUUGUGUCUUUUCCCUUUUUUUUCAUUUUUUUAAAUGCUAUUUUGUCAUAUUUUGAUGUGUUGAGUGUCGUGUAAAAACGUUUGCAUACCUUGUUGCUGGUAUGUUUGAGGAUUGGUAAUUUUUCCAGUGUUCUGGACUUUAUUUCUCCUGUACAGCGAGUUACGGAGUUUCUCCAUUGUAAAUAACAUGUAGAUGUAUUUAAUCUGUUUUGGUCAGUUGUGCAGGAUUCUUCUUCGAUCUCAGGAGUAUCCAUUAUACCUUGUACUCACCAUAUGAAAUAUAUGCACUGACAUCAACAGAAAAAACUAAUAAAAAAGAAAUACUGAAAUACAA